UAUAAAUAUUCUGUGCUGUCUGGGUCAUCAGCAUUCGCCAUCGACAAGCAAAGCAAGGACCAAGACGAGUCGUUUUUUCUCAAUUAAACAUUUUCGAAUAGGCAAAACGUUUCUUUCAAUCUCACUUUUCGAAGUCAAUUUUUGCAGUAAGGGGUCACUCGUUUCUGCAACAAUAUUUGCGCUUUCUUAUUUAUAUAUUCUUCAGGAUUUUAAAUAUUAAACCGACGAUGAAAAAUAUUUUAUAUACUGCUUCAGAGCUCCGUCUAAUUGAAUUAUUGGAUUUUAGAUAUGGUUGCUUUUUCGAGCUCGCAUACUGAUUCAAUGUUGAUGAUGAACGGCAUAGAAAUAACAGUGCCGAACAAUAACAGCAACAUUAGCAGUAAUGGCAAUCUAACCGACGACGCCAGGAGAGUCAAGGAUCAGGCCUUCACUUUAUCACGUGUUACAAUGCCGGGCGGUAAGGAUAACUACGCAUUGAACUUUGACAAUAUGGACAAAAUCGACGACAGGAAGCUAAACACGGACAAUAACAUCAAUGCGGAACCCGUUGUUAUGAAAAAAAUUGCCGCGGGUUUAAAGAUAACCAACGUGCAAAAGGACAAAAAGGACAUGUCCGGCGUAGGUGGCGGAAAUGGAUCUCUCUCCAGCGGUAGUUCAAUAGUGACAAUCUCAUCAGUUGCCAUUUCGGAUCCCGAUCCGGACUUUCGUAAAGUCCCGAACGGACACGGGGACAAUAGGGACGUCAGAAAUGAAAAAUGGUAUCACACGAUUCUUCAGGUCUCGGUGCCCUUUUUUAUUGCCGGUUUGGGCACUAUCGGUGCAGGUCGUGUUCUCACUGGAGCAAAGAACGUGGCGGCUUUCGUAGAAGUUCCCCAGUUGUUGAUUCUGACUACGGCGUUGCAAGGUCUGAAGGGUAAUCUCGAUAUGUGUUUGGCGUCGCGUUUAUGCACCCAAGCAAAUUUAGGCAACAUGAAGUGCCGACGGGAGAUCGUGAAGAUGAUCAUCGGUAACGUCGCCUUGGUCCAGGUCCAGGCGAUAGUCGCGGCCCUCUGUCUGUCCCUAUUCGGAAUGGGAGUGGGCGCCCUGAACGGGAACGGCUUCGUCUGGAACCACGCGUUACUCUUGGCGGUCUCGUGCAUGUGCACGGCAACCAGUUCCUGCUUUAUCUUAGAUUUUGUCAUGAUUGUUGUAAUCAUGAUAUCCUAUCGAUUCAAAAUGAAUCCGGACAAUUUAGCAACUCCUUUGGCUGCAUCUAUCGGUGACGUCGUAUCCAUUAGCAUUCUCACACAGAUUGCUUCAGAAUUCUAUUUCAGGCUGGACACUGAAAUAUGGAUACUAUACGUCGCUUUCGGUUUUUUGGUGCUCUUGCCAUUUUGGACCUUGAUCGUAUUAAAGAAUAAAUAUACGAAGAGUGUGUUAAAGUCCGGCUGGAUUCCUAUUCUAUCAGCUCUUCUGAUUAGUGGCGGAGGUGGAUUAGUUCUUGAGAGAAUGGUUGCUUCUUAUCAAGGAUCUGAAGUUUUUCAACCAGUUAUUAACGGAAUUGGCGGCAAUUUAGUGUCGGUGCAAGCGUCUCGAAUGUCAACUAUGUUACAUCAGUCCUCCAUCAUGGGAAUUUUACCGCCACACGGGAAAAUUUGGAUAUUUCCAUGGGCAGCUCUCUUCGUAGGAUCGCCAUAUGCAAAAGUCGCUAGAUUACUCAUUGCUAUGGCAAUUCCUGGACAAUUGAUUUUCGUCUUCAUCGCCAAUGCAUUAAAUCCGGCCAAUUGUGAGUUACAUCCGUAUUUCGUAAUCUCCUACAUACUCGUUUCCGUGUUACAGGUAAUGCUUUUGUUGUAUGUUGCACACAUAAUUAUUCACGCAAUGUGGAGGUACAAAAUCGAUCCUGAUAAUUCAGCGAUUCCCUAUUUGACGGCAUUAGGUGAUCUCAGUGGAUCUCUGCUCUUGGCGUUGGCCUUUUUCUUCAUAUACUCGAUUAAUCGACCAUAUUGUGCCGGGGAAUGAUAAAAUGUAAAUGCAAAUCGAUUUAGAAUCAAAGCAGAUACAAAUACAAUGCAAAAAAUUUUUAACAAUGGCUAAGUUUGUCAUUGUUAAAAUCGUUGAUUGAAUGCUUGAGCUAUCAACACAAUUGGAAUGGUUCAUGUAGCGUUUUUUUAAUGCAUUUUUUUAAUGCAUAAAAUCGAGCGAGAAAUGAUGACCAAAUAAUACUGAGAAAUAGGACAAAAUACUCAUUGUUAAAUUACAGAAUAUAUAUAUAUAUAUAUAUAUAUAUAUAUAUAU